ACAGGGGCGGGGCUCGGCGGCGCUGCCGGGUGCGGGAGGCGCCAUUUGAGCCGGCUGUACUCUAGAACCCCGAGCAGAGGCGCCGGAGCAGGUCGGGCCAUUUCGCUGCAGCAGCCGCCGCCGCCACCCUCCUUCUUCUCCUCCUCCUCGUUCCCCUCGUCUUCGUCCUUCGGCCCCCGGGCAUGGCGUGUGGGGCGACGCUGAAGCGGCCCAUGGAGUUCGAGGCGGCGCUGCUGAGCCCUGGCUCGCCGAAGCGGCGGCGCUGCGCCCCCCUGCCGGGCCCCGCGCCGGGCCUGCGGCCCCCGGACACUGAGCCGCCGCCGCCGCCGCUUCAGCCCCAGCUCCAGCCGCCUCCGCUUUCCCCGCCCGGCAGCGACCGCCGCCUGCGGACCCCGGAGCAAAUAUUUCAGAACAUCAAACAAGAAUACAGCCGCUAUCAGAGGUGGAGACAAUUAGAAGUUGUCCUUAAUCAGAGUGAAGCCUGCACUUCAGAGGGUCAGUCACACUCUUCAGGACUUACAGCACCAAGCUCACCAGGUUCAUCCUGGAUGAAAAAGGACCAGCCAACAUUUACAUUACGACAAGUGGGAAUAUUGUGUGAACGUCUCUUAAAAGACUACGAAGAUAGAAUUCGGGAGGAAUAUGAGCAAAUCCUCAAUACAAAAUUAGCAGAACAAUAUGAAUCUUUUGUGAAAUUCACACAUGAUCAGAUCAUGCGACGAUAUGGGACAAGGCCAACAAGCUACGUGUCUUGAAUUUUCUUUGCAUAUCUGGGUACCUGGUCUGACCUCAAGAAAUGGCUGCUGUACACUUUUGCAACUGGUUUGAUAUCACAUUUCAGCUCCAACUUUGCAUCCUGAGAACACUUAAAAUAUCUCUGCAGGUCCAUUUUUAUAUAACUUGAAAGACCUUGAAACUUUCUGGUUGCCACAAAGCAUAACUUUCUUUUCUGCUCAGCCAAUAAACAGCUGUGCCCUACCAUGAGAUAUUUCCCAAACACAAAAUACAUGGAGCAGCAGUUUAGCAACGUAAGCCUUUAUUGGCACUAAGCAGAUGGAACGUCUCCCCAAGCCCAGUUCUGUAAGGUGUGUGUGUAUGUAUGUGCGUGUAUGUGUGCGUGUGUAUAUGCACGCAUGCAUGUGUGUGUGCGCGAGUGUGGGUGUGUAUAUGUGAGUGUGUUUUUUAAGUUAUUAUUUGUACUGUGCAAAUUUUCUGAUCUUGGGGAUCCUGGCUGUGAAUUUGAUGCACGACAAUUAUGGUUAGAAACAUUUUUUGGUCUACAAAGAUCAAUAAUGUUUUAGUGACCAUAGAAGUUAUAACCGUGGAUUGUUUUGUGUGUAGCUAUUAUUGUUAAAUACAGGGACUAUUUUCAGGCACAGAAUAUUAAUCAUAAUUUAGGUUGGACAGUAGAUGUGAUUAUGACGACAGAGAGAGGUUUUUGUGCUUGUAGGUUUUAUAUACAGCAUGGAAUUAGUACAAGCUGGAGAAAAAGGAUCAUUUGACCUAUGGACUCGGCCUAGCCGUGCUAAGAAAACACCUUGACUCCAAGCCUUAAAAUACACAUGUGGAGUCUGCAGCUCACAGCGGCUUGUGUGCCCAUUUACACAACCAGGAGCUCCACCAACGCUUUUGACCUCUCAGAAGAAAAGGUUUCCCCAAGAGCAGUAGGUUUUGCUUAUCUCAGUGUCACACAAGUGAAUGAGGGUGGCCCUGCUCAGUCCAGCAUCGUAUUGUUACGGUUAGUAACUGUACGUUCAUCUUGGGUCAUUAGACUAGAAACAGAACUUCUGAUCCCACAUUCAGGUUUUUCCAAAUUCUUCCAAGAUGUUUCAGUGCUUGGCUGCUUGGAUUUUUUUUAAGGGGGUGCAACCCCUGCCCUGAGUUGAUAACAUGCUGUUCUUCUUCUUUGAAUUUCCAAGGUCGAAGGACAGAAAGUAACCUCUGUUUUGAGGAGGUGGAAGUUCAGUGUACUUUUUUUUACUGUGACUCGUCAAGGACCAUAUUCCACAGCAAUGCCUUGUUUCACUUAUUAUUGUUUCUUGAAAGUUAAAUGUUUUUAGUUUAAAUAUAGGCUAGAAUUUUAAAUUAGGGCUUAUUUUGAAAAAUGCUGAGUUUAGUUCAAAUGUAUGCCAAUGCCUUCUGGGUGGAUAAUAUUCAGAGACAAUUGUUCUUGAUCAGACGGCAUAGAGAAACCUUUUGGAAUAGUCACAUUUGCAGAUUGCCUAUUGAUGAAUGUCUUUGACUUAAAUCUAACCAAAAAGCUACAAUGUUAUCCUUUGUACAUUUUCAUUAUAUAGUGUUAACGAGCUUAGUUGCAAACCAAUAAAAUACUUAAGCUAUUUGUUUA